AUGACAGAGGAGAACAAGUCCUUGACAGACCAUCUGUGCAGCCCCACAGGCAGCGACAGCUCCUUCUCGCUGCAUGGAUCGGGUUCAGAGUCCCCGACUUCUUCAGCAGGGUCCGACGCGCACCCGGAUAAGAUUGCGCUCAAAGCGGAGAGAGGCGCAGAGGAUGAGCGUUUUCCCGUCUGCAUCCGCGACGCAGUGUCUCAGGUGCUGAAAGGUUACGACUGGUCGCUGGUGCCGAUGCCCAGUCAAGGGGAGAGAGGACUGAAGACCAAACCUCAUGUGAAACGACCGAUGAACGCGUUCAUGGUGUGGGCGCAGGCGGCAAGGAGGAAACUGGCGGACCAGUAUCCUCAUCUGCACAACGCUGAGCUCAGCAAGACGCUGGGGAAACUGUGGCGACUUCUCUCUGAGACUGAGAAGCGUCCCUUCAUUGAGGAGGCUGACAGGCUGAGGCUGCAGCACAAGAAAGACUACCCAGACUACAAGUACCAGCCUCGGAGACGCAAGAGCUCCAAACCGGGUCAGGGGGACUGCAGAUCCGGCCUGGUCCAGCAGCACCACCAGGGCUUGUUUAAGCCAGACCCAGGGGUGGCCAGGCUGUCUGACAGGACAGGUCAGUCUCAUGGACCUCCAACACCUCCUACUACCCCUAAAAUCGACCUUCACAUGGGGACCAAACACGAGGGCCACAGGCCUAUAGAGGGCUCUGUUCCUCCCACCGGCCGUCAGAACAUUGACUUCAGUAACGUGGACAUCUCUGAGCUCAGCAGUGAUGUCAUAAGCACCAUUGAUGGAUUUGACGUCCAUGAGUUCGACCAGUACCUGCCUCCCAACAGCCGCACCACCACAGUUCCAACCACGCCAGAAACCAGCAAUGGACAUAACAACCCCUCUGGAUCAUUCAUCUUACCCAGCAUCCACUCUCACUCUCACUCUCACAGCAUUCCCUCGUGGACACCCAAGACCGGGACUUCCAUCGCAAUGGCACCAUCAUCUUCUGAUCGUCACACCUAUGGGCUCCACGAGGAAAGCAGCCAGAAACCUCAAAUAAAAACUGAGCAGAUGAGUCCAGGACACUACAGCAGCCACUCCUCCCAAUGCUCAUCCUCUGCCACCCCUCCUCCACCUCAUCAACCUGAGUACACCUCCCUGGGUUCGGGCACCUGCUCUUCCUCCACCUCUUCCACCUCUUCUGCCAGCCAGUCUGACUACACUGACCUUCAGAGCUCCGGUUUCUACAGCGCCUUUUCUGGGUACCCUGCUGGUCUGUAUCAGUACCCAUACUUCCACUCCUCCCACAGACCUUAUGCUACACCGCUUAUCAACAGCCUGGCCUUGGCACCACCACCACAUAGUCCUCCCUCUGGCUGGGAGCAGCCUAUCUAUACAACACUCAGCAGGCCUUGA